AUGAGCAUUUCAGGGGCUGUCCGCGCCAACACCUGCGCCGCGUACCGUCGCCUUCUAAGCGCAGUGAAACAAGUGACGCGCGACUGUCCGCUGCACAGAGAGGAUGGUCUCACAAGGUACGUGGCGUUUCGUUUCUUUGACGCAGCCGAGCAAAACCGCCGGCGUUAUCUUAAACUCCGCGAGGGGGCUGCCGCACAAAUAAACAAAGGGCGGCGGAAGAAAUUGCGGGAUAUGGAGGUUCAAUACGAGCGCUUUAUUGCGAAGGAAUUGCAGACGGUGCGUGAGGUGGCGGGACAAAUCCUCCUUGCACCCGGCAAUCGGGCUCUCACCUCCAUGUUGCAGGUCCUCGCGGCGGGCGUUGGCAACUCACACUAUCAACAGACGAUAGAGAGGAAUUAUCUUCGCUACUGUCAGUUUGAAAGCAAAAAGGUGGAAAGGAAUGAGGCGGAGGAAGAAGCUACGGCGGAGCGCCAAAACCGCAUUAUGCAGCAUGCACUUAUUCCCUACGGGGAGCGUCUUCUCUUCCUUCAUCGUCUGGACGUUAAGAAUGAUACGGGUGAUGUACAAGAACCCGGCAGUUUGACAUCAUGGCAGGUGACGGAGGCCAUUGUUGGGACGCGCAGUGGUGUUUCGGCACACUACAUGUCGCAUGGAAGGGAAGAUGUGGUUGUAGAGGUUGACGAGACGUACAAUAAGCAAAUUGUCUACGUGCGGUGUGAGACAUACGAUUGGAGUCGUGAGGUGGAGCGGGUAGAAAUCAUUGAGUCAGAAGAGGUGCGGGGCACCAUCUUUCACGC